AUGGCCAGAGUACAACCCAACUUUCGUCCCGGGGCGACGGUGACUCGGGCGUUGGUGACCGUCUACCAGGCACUGCUCGCUGCCAUUGCCCGACUGGACAAGUCUUUCAAUCCUAAGGACACAAUUACUCGUCUUCGAAGACACCAAUUCACGUGGUCCGACUCGAUAUACCUCUUCCAUCUUGCCUCCGUUGCGUUCUGGCUGCCGCUGAUGCAGGUUCCGGGAUACCCCACAAAACUCCUUAUACCCGUCCUUUUCACGAUUGCCCUGCUCGUGCCGUUCACCUCCCAAUUCUUCCUCCCCGCCAUCCCGGUAUUCGCCUGGUUGUUGAUGUACUAUACGUCUCAGUUCAUCCCCGUUUCCUGGCGACCCACCAUUUCCGUCUCCCUGCUUCCCACUCUUGAAUCCGUGCUGUUUGGGGCCAAUAUCUCCGACAUCCUCACCCGUUUCACACAUCCUGUACUCGAUAUUGUCGCAUGGCUCCCAUACGGCAUCAAUCAUUUCGCCUUCCCAUUCGUGGUCGCUGCGUUUACCUGGCUAUUCCGGACCAAAGAGGUUCUGCAGCUCUGGGCCCGAGUGUUCGGCUACUUUAACUAUGUCGGGGUCCUGAUUCAAAUUCUUCUUCCCUGCGCCGCUCCGUGGUACGAGAUUAUCCAUGGCUUGACCCCAGCCAACUAUGGCAUGCAUGGUUCGCCAGGCGGGCUCCUUCGGAUUGACCGACUUUUUGGCGGACAUGGCUAUACUGUUACGUUCUCCAACGCCCCCGUCGUAUUCGGUGCCUUCCCAUCACUUCACGCAGGCUGCGCAACUCUGGAGGCACUCUUUGUCUCCCAUUUCUUCCCUCAAGCAACGCGUUACGUCUGGGCCUAUGCCGGGCUGAUGUAUUGGGCCACCAUGUAUCUCUCUCAUCACUAUCUCAUUGACGUUGUCGGGGGAGGGUGUCUCGCGGUCUUUUUCUUCUACCUCUACCUCCCUGACGAGUUCCGGAAUCCAUCCAACGCAACUGCCCAACCGAGCAACUUGUCAACAAGGGGGACGUCGCCGAGGUCCAAGUACGAUGCUUAUGAUUUGGAGGCGCCGUUACGAGGGAGCAAUCUGAGGCGCCAGAUGAUGGUUGACGCCGCCGAGUUCGACCUUUCUGACGGGUCUCAGGCCUCGGACGAGGAGGACGUGGACAUCGCAUAUCGGUCACCGUUACCGCAGGGCAUGAACAGUAAGCAGUCGUCCCAAACGGGGAGAGGCGGGAAGCGGACCGGCGGAGGGGGAAAGAGUCAUAGACAUACUGCGAGUAUCGCCCGUCUGAUUCGAGAGGGUGAGCGUGGGCCAGAGGAAGCAUGGAAUAAUAGUCCUAUCGGCGCAACGUUUUUCGACGCUGGUGGAGAUGUGGAGAGUGGCCAUGGGAAGCGGUAA